CUUAAGGACAAGAAAGAAAUGGCUUCCACUGUUCUUGGUUUUACGUUGAUUUUGUUAAUCUCUGCCGUAGCAGCAGGCAGCGUUUCUGCCGCCGGUUCUUCCGCUCUCGCUGGAAGAAAGGUUUUCGACGUCCGACGCUACGGUGCUCGUGGUGACGGCAAAACAGAUAAUGCUAUUGCGUUUACAAAGGCGUGGCAAGAAGCGUGCCGAUGGAAAGGAACUCCUAGAGUGUACGUACCAUUCGGUACUUUCUUCCUCGGUGGUGUAUCCUUCUCGGGACCAUGCCAAAGUCGGAUUAGUUUCAUCAUCAAAGGAACUUUGCUGGCUCCUAAAGAAUCUAACGCCAUCAAACAGGACACGUGGAUCAUUUUCAAGUACGUUGACUAUCUCACGGUCUCGGGCGGUGGCAUUCUUGAUGGACAAGGAAGCUACUCUUGGCCACGCAACGAUUGCCAGAGAAACCCUAAUUGCCGGCCUCUACCUAUGAACAUCGGGUUCCAAUUCGUGAGAUUCUCGAGAAUUCAACACAUCAAGUCGAUCAACAGCAAAAUGGGCCACAUCAACAUCUACUCCGCUGAAUCCUUUGAGAUCAGUAGCGUCAGCAUUAGGGCUCCUGGAGACAGCCCUAACACUGAUGGGAUCAAGAUAGGCUCAUCGAAAAACAUGAAGAUCCACCAUGUAGACAUCGGAACCGGCGACGACUGCAUUGCAAUCUUGGCCGGAAACAUCAAUCUGGAUAUCUCUAGUGUCACGUGUGGGCCAGGUCAUGGGAUCAGCGUUGGAAGCCUUGGGAGGUAUAAAGACGAGAAGACCGUUCAGGGAUUAACCGUUAGGGAUUCGAUCUUUAGAGGUACGAGUAACGGAGUACGGAUCAAGACAUUGGCUCCUUCGGCAUCACGGAACAUAGUUUCGAAUUUUCUUUUCCAGAAUCUCCAGAUGAUCAGUGUCCAAACCCCAAUCAACAUAGAUCAACAAUACUGUCCAAACAACCAGUGUAGCAAAAUGUCUCAUUCUCAAGUUCAGAUACAAAACGUGAGGUUCAUUAACAUUUGGGGGACUUCGACGAGCAAAGUGGCAGUGAAGUUACAAUGUAGCACCACGGCUCCGUGCAAAGACGUUAUGCUCUUCGGAGUUAACCUAGUGCACCCUGGACCCGACGGUCCAGCCACCUCUCUGUGUGAGAAUAUUGCUGGUUGGACACGUGGCAAGAUUUCUCCUCCGUCUUGCAUCAGUUGA